AUCAACAGACAGAACUGUAACUAACGCGUUACCAGGCAGGACUUUGAACUAGACAGCGACAAUGGCGGCUGUAACCUCUACCAGACCAUACCACAUUAUUAUUUUUGGUGCCACGGGGUUCACCGGACAGUUUGUUGUGGAGGAGGUCGCCCGCUGCGCCGCAGAGAGCUCCCUGAAAUGGGCCGUGGCCGGGAGGAGUAGGCAGCGUCUGGGAGAAGUGUUGAAAAGGGCAGCGGAGAGGCUGUCCAUGAUAGAGCUGAGGACAGACAUUGAAAUCAUUGUUGCUGAUGUGAGCAUCGAGGAAUCGCUGGCCAUCAUGUGCCAACAAGGCCUGGUGAUUCUCAACUGUGUGGGCCCUUACAGAUUUUAUGGCGAACCAGUGGUCAAGGCAUGCAUAGAAAAUGGAGCUCACUACAUAGACAUCUGUGGGGAGCCUCAGUUUCUGGAGCGUAUGCAGCUAGAGUACCACACUAAGGCGUUGGACAGAGGAGUGUAUGUGAUUGGCAGCUGUGGUUUCGACUCCAUACCGUCAGACCUGGGUAUUCUGUACACACAGAGGCAGUUCAAAGGAACACUGACAGCUGUGGAGAGCUUCCUGAACAUCAGCAGUGGGCCUCAGGGAAUGUCUGGCCACGAUGCCACUUGGCAGUCUGCUGUGUACGGUUUCGCGGACAGCAGAUCCCUCCGCCAGCUGAGGAAGAAGUUUGGCCACAAGCCGCUGCCUGUGGUGGGAGCCAAAGUCAAAAAGAGAGGGUUUUUGUUUUUCAGCAAAGAGAUUGAACAGUAUGCCAUCCCAUUUAUGGGCUCUGACCCCUCGGUAGUCAAGAGAACCCAGCGUUUCCUUCAUGAGGAGGAACACCGGUCACCGGUCCAGUACAGUGCCUACGUUGGGAUUGGUGGCCUCUUCUCAGUAGUCAAGCUCCUCUGUGGUGGCCUAAUCUUCUGGUUCAUGGUGAAAUUCAGCCUGGGCAGGAAAAUCCUCACCACGUUUCCAUCACUGUUCUCCUUUGGAUUGUUCACCAAGUCUGGUCCAACCAUGAAACAGAUAGAAGACACCUGUUUCAGCUUGACAUUUUUCGGAGAGGGCUACUCAGAGGGUACAGAUCCCACGCAGGGCCAGCCCAACUCAAAGAUCUGCACUCAGGUCAUAGGAGCAGAGCCUGGUUAUGUAGCUACAGUUUCUGCUAUGGUGCAAGCAGCCGUAACUUUGCUGAAUGAACUGCACUCUCUCCCCAGAAGGGGAGGGGUGUACACUCCAGGAUCUGCCUUCUAUAAAACCAGCCUCAUCGACCGCCUCCAGAGCCACAGCAUCAAGUUCUCUGUCAGAAACUACCAGUAGCCCUCUAACAGUAACCACUGUAAAGGCCACCCUCCACUUGCAGUAUGUUGUAUUUGAACUGUUGGCCGAUCUUUCAUCCAGUCAGCAUUACCGCUUUUAAUAAUGAGUGUGACUGUAAAAUCUCUGAACCCUGCAUCUAUUGAUUGUCUGUUUGUUGGUGUUUGUUGAGGUUUUAGACUUGCUCAAGGACACUUCAGAAAACAUGUACACAUUGGCUGCCAGCCACUAAGGAUCUCUGGUUCUCUAUGUCUUAAGCCUAGUUCACUAGUUCACAUUACAUGAUUUUCACCGCGAUUUUAACAUCGCAGAGGAUCUUGAGAGCCUCCAUGGGUCGGAGGUGAGUCGGCAGAUAGUCUGCCACGACGAGUCCUCAUGUGUGAACAAGCCUACGAGCAAGUUGCCCCCUCGUCUGUGACUGGAUAUCUGGCAUGCUAGAAAACUGGAGAAAUGUGACACGACUGACAAAGAGCAUCAGCCAAUGAGACCAGGUGGAGUUGCUUAUUUGGGCUUGCUCUCUAAAUGUCGCCUUUCUCGAUAUAUAUCCAUUGCUUCUUUUGGGCUUGUUUCCAUAGCCCUGGUUGCUUGUUUCUAUCCCAAGAUCUGGCAACACUGACAAGCCAGCAAGCAACAACAACAAUGGCGGCAUCCACAGGAUCACAGGGAGUGCGUUGUGUUUGGACCCAGGCCCUGGAGGUCACCACUUAUCUGGGGCUCUGUCGGCAAGAAAUCUUGUGGUGUGCACACACAGCUCGUAACGCAGUUGGCGAGACUCUCGAUGACAGAAACACACGUUGCCAGGUAUGAACACUCACAAGAUUACAAGUCUCCAUGACACAUUUUGCGGGGUGAAAAUCGUAUAAUGUGAACUAGGCUUUAUUAAAACAGCAGACGUAUCUUUCACACUAUCUUGUUAACCACUUAUAAACUGUUGGUUUUAUCCAGUGACUGCAUAUAAAGAUGGACAACGAGUCUCCACUUCCUCCCACUGUACAAAAAUGAAGCCAAAAUAUCCCUCAUCCUGGGAAUUGCGCUGCCAUCUUGCGCUGGUGACGUCAUUUGGAGCCAGAGUUUAUCACUGUGGUAACGAAUUCCUGCCCAUACACCUGUUCAACAAAUCACAAGCACGAGCACACUGAUUGGCCACACAGCUGUCAAUUAUGAUGUCAAACAUCCUUUUGUGUGAUCAAGUGUUGCACACUGUUGCACUGAGAGACGUGUUCCUCCUACCUUAUGUGAACUCAAUACCACGUACAUCGUCCUGCAGGGUAAAUACUCAUUGGCGUACCAAAUACACAGCUGAAAAUAGUCCCCAGCAAACACACUACGUACUUCUGCUUGAGUAACACUGGUAAAAACUACACUAUGCAUUUCUGGCUACUUUUAAAAAAUGUAGGAACCAAUA